UGAGCGGUCGCGUCAUCGCACGUGACCUCUGUGUACACAUUGAUGUUUUGGUGUAACCCUUGCGAUCGCCUCCAGUACUGGUUUAUCUGUGCUAUAUCACUCUAUGCCACCUAUUGGAAAAUUAAUUGAAGGUGAUUAGUAUUCAUCAACAUAGAAUAAAUGUAAGAAUACUUCUCCACGAAAUUUGUUUUAGGCCUAUAUUAAAGUCGACAAAACGAAACUAAAAAUGUAAGAACUUAUUCGUAGAAAUUUGUCUUACGCUAAAGUCGACAAACGAAACUAGAUUUACGUACGCUGUAUUGAGGAAGAAAAUGUAUCAUGAUAAAUAAGAUAUAGUCUCAAGAUUAUAAAGAAUGAGAUGCGUUUGAAAAUUUAUUCUUUGGGAGCUUUGAUGGAAAUCCCGCCCGUGAGCUGGAAUGUAUAUAUCAUUGUUCACUAAAGUUUCAACAGAGAUGGAAUGGCAGAGAAGGUGUUUAAUCUUUUUUACGGGAGUUGGAGUUUUGGUGAUGUUAUUUCCUAUUUACAAAGGAGUGGAAUGGAUAUGGCCCUUGAAGAACACCAUAGAAUACUUACUGCAAUGGACAUACCUUAUUUGUGCACUGAUAGUGAUUGCAUUUGGUAGAAAUACAGGUUUGGUAGAAACAACCCAAAGACCGACAUCCAACAAAAGACCUAAAACGGUGGUUGGGAAAAGUCAAGCUGUUCAAGUCAAUCAUGUGACUAAAAGAGAAACUAGGCUGCAGAGUGAUUUUCUUGCUACAGCAUCCUCAAAAACACCAUCAAAAGCGAGAACUAGUGAGAAAACCGCGGUGACAGAAGCAGUAAGAGAGAACAUCAUGAUGAUCGAGAAAGAUCUGAUAGUGACUGAGUCCACUCUGCUUGAUGAAAUGCAGGAUUAUCUGUCUGAAGAAGAAGUAAACAUGAUGAAAAAUCGGUCUAGAAAGGAUCAAGCUCACCUUUUUGCUGCAAAAUUAGAAGCUUGUGAUAAUGAAACUUUCCUUUCAGUUCUCGAAAUUUUGGUGAAAGCAUCCUUUGGUCAUGUUGCUGAGAGAUUGAAAGCAUCAUUUGAAAAACAUUCAACGUCCAAGUUAACAAGUUCGCUUUGUUCAGUUUGCCGUAUACGAUCUGAAGUUGAUAUUAAAAAUCUUCGGUGUAAUUUGAAGUUGGGGGGAUUUUUAACACCCAGUCUUUACAACAACAUUAAUCAAUGCCAAGCUGAUAAAGGACAUCAAAAUGCAUUAUGGGAGGAAUUAUUUUUUCAUCUAAAAUCAAAGCAACCAAAAGAAGAGAUAAUGUGGAAGUUUAUCAAUUUUUUCAAUACCCCUAAACAUCAAGGAUUACACAACCAUCUUCGUAAACAUCCACCCACUCGUUAUGUCUGUACAUGUUCCUGCAAAGCUAAAUCAUCUUUGGAAAUUGAUGGCUUGAAACCGAAAAUCACUACCUCUGACACCAGUGAUGAAAGUAACACACAAACCUUGGAUUAUCAUCGGGAAGACGAAUGGUAUCUAGAUGCUCUGGAUUCUGCUACCAACUCUGAAUCGGGAUCAAGGGCCAGAAAAUUACCAAAACUAUGCCACGAUUCUAGAGAAUCUAACAAAGCCGAUGAUCGACGCACUAAACAGAGAUUCAAUAACGAUCCAAUCAGAAAAGGAACAAAGAAGAAUAUCUUAACUCGACCUCGUCUAUCUAGUGAUGAUAGUAGCUCCGUGAGUUCCCUCGACAGUAACCCAAGUAGACACAACUUCACAUUAACUCAAAUACCUCCCCAAGCGAAGAAAAGAGCAGAGAAAAGGACAAUGCGAGAAGUGGAGAGAUCAUCAAAUGAGAAUUUUGGUGUUGGCCCAUCAGAAUUAAUGGAGUCGGACACAGAGCGAAAAACCAUUAUUGAAUCGAUAACAUUAAGAAAAACACCACCACCGAUAAUAUCCGUUCGUCCGUAUAUUGCAGAAUCAGAUUUCAAUUCUGAUGGAGAAUCAAGAAAGCACUAUUGGAUCCCCGAUAACCCUUGCUACAGAAAAUAUCCAAAGGAUUCCGAAUUCUCAGAAGAUGCUGUUCCUACAGCUUUUGCAAAGACUCUUAAAUCUGGGGGGAACACACAAAUCUGGUAACAUGUUACUACCAUAACAGUGUUGGGUAUUCUCAUACAUGUACAUACUUAUACUUUAUUGCGAAUUGAUGUGUAAAAUUGCAAUUGAAAUCAAACUUAGUUUAUUGUUCAAUUCCUUUGAAAUAUGGUUGGUAUCUUGCAGAAUUACUUUAUCUUUAAUUGUAAUAUAAAGAUGGAGAACAUUAUUUACUGUGCCGGCCAGCAAGGUAUUCUAAUUUUCCUGGACAUGGUCAUGUACAGGUGUCAAGGGGGGAGGGGGGUAUAGAAACAAGAUAAUACACAGUGUAACUUGGGGUGAUGUUAAGCAUCCAAACAUAAAACUUAAUCAUUAAACUUCAGACAAGAUUAAAACAAAAUCAUUACAGUCAUCAUUAUAAAAUGAAGUUAAAAGUAAGGCAAAAGUGGGAAUUUUAGAGUAAACGAUGGCUGAGGAAAAGUAAUGAACACUCCUAAAGUAAACGAAAAAAUUACUUGCCUAAUUACAACAAGUGUUAGAGUGAAAUUGGAUUUAAAUCGUGGCAGGCUACUGACAAACAAGUUGAUGAUACAGGGGUUUUAACAGUCUCGUUUAAAGUCAGCAUUUCGCAAAUGCUAUGGUCGUUAUAACAAUCUAGAUUGCCAAUACAACCUAUCAUUGGGUCAAAUGCCGUCUGACAUGUUUCAUACCAAUUGUUAGACUGUUCUUGGCACUGAUUUUGACUACGGAUUACUCUGUUUACCUGAUCAAGACAUAGAGCUCAUGGCGAGUGUGACGGGUCGACAGUGGAUGCUUACUCUUCUUAGACACCUGAUCCCACCUCUGGGUUACCCAUGGGGCCUUGUUUGCCCAACUGUCUAUUUUGUAUUGCUUAUAGGAGUUAUGAGAUUGAUCACUGUUCGUUAUCUUCGCCUUUAUAGGAGUUAUGAGAUUGAUCACUGUUAAUUAUCUUCACCUUUAAUUCUCAAAAAGACAAUUUAGGCAUCAUGUGUGCUUCAGACACACUUUAGCUACAAAAUGUGCACACAUUUGUCUAAACUUAAAUGAAGUGGAUUAAUGCAGAGACUGUUGUGACACUGACAUAUGUUUACAUGUGAUAACGCCUUUUAUAUAAUUGCUUUUUAAUGUUUUAUUUAUUUUCUAUGUAUUAUGUGUAUAACAUUCUGUAGUAAGGAAUAUAUGCAUUGUAAAGCACCUUUGAGCGUACAUGUACAAAGUGUAUGAAAAGGGUGCUAUAUAUAAAUAUGGUAUUAUUAUAUGUGUAGUGUAUGUAUAUGUAGCAUGUAUAUGAGCCUGUAUGCCAAUUAAACUUUACGUGUACCCUC